AAAAGUUGAAUGUGACUGACUUUUUUUUUGCGAACUUCGAAAAAAAAAAAAAGUGAUAGCUUGACCCAUAUUUUUUGGUUCAAACCGUUAUGGACGAUAGAUUUCAGGACGCCGAAGAGAGCGAUCAGCAAGUGAUGGCCGUGAAUGGCACUACUACCCACGAUGAAGAAGAUUAUGGAAGUGACGACUAUGAUGACUACGAAGACUUUUUGGACGACGAUUUGAAUGACACCGAGAUCUGGACAGAAGCAACUGGUGAUUUUACCAAACAAUAUAACAGAAUGCGACAGCAAGCAGCUGCGCCUACAAAUGCCAAUGUGACAAAGCCAGCUGCUAAUACUCAAGGACUUCAAAAGACGAAAACGAACGUUACUAAGCCUGCUGCAGCUUCAGAAAAAACCAACAAAGAAAUGCUGGAUAGUCAAAUAGAAGCUCUCAGCAAAUUUGCUAGUAGAAUUCACUUGGAUGACUACAAUGUUGGUAAAGUGUCAUCUUCAGUUGCCGCUGAUAUGAAGAUGUCAAGUAGAAAAGCGCAGGGCGACAAAGUUGUAAAUAAGGAUAAGUCAGACAGAGCAACCACCGAGCAAGUACUGGAUCCUCGAACUCGAAUCAUCUUGUUCAAAAUGUUGAACAGAGGAGUCAUUUUCGAAGUCAAUGGUUGCAUUAGUACAGGAAAAGAGGCCAAUGUGUACCAUGCCACUACAGAAGAUGGUCAACACAGAGCGGUGAAGAUCUACAAAACAUCUAUCUUGACAUUCAAAGAUCGUGAUCGCUAUGUUACGGGAGAGUUCCGAUUCCGACAUGGAUAUCAAAAGUCCAAUCCUAGAAAGAUGGUGAAGGUCUGGGCAGAGAAAGAAAUGAGAAACUUGAAACGUAUUCAUCAGGCUGGUAUUCCUUCUCCGGAGCCAUUGCUGCUACGAAUGCAUGUCCUCGUCAUGGGCUUCCUUGGAGACAAGAACGGCUGGGCUUACCCAAGGCUAAAAGAUGCUCAGAUCGAAAGUUCUCGAUACCCUGCCUUAUACGACCAGCUCAUUAAGAAUGUCAGAAUUAUGUACCAAGUCUGCCGACUUGUCCAUGCCGAUUUGAGUGAAUAUAAUAUAUUGUACCACUCAAAGACACUAUAUAUCAUCGACGUAUCUCAAUCUGUUGAGCAUGACCAUCCUCAUGCAUUUGAAUUCCUUCGCAAAGAUUUGUCUAAUGUCACAGACUACUUCAAACGAAAAGGUGUUGACGUGCUUUCCUUCAAGCAAUUGUUCGAUUUUGUUAUCAACCCAAGUUUCGGUAGUACGGAGGAAGAAGCGGAUCAAGCUUUAGAAAAGCUCAGAAACGAAUCUACUCAAAUGGAUGAAAAGGAUAAGAUGGAUGAAGAAGUGUUCAAGCAAGCAUACAUUCCUAGAAACUUGGAAGAAGUCUACGAUGUUGACAGAGAUGCCGACGUUGUUGCAAGAGGAGACGGAAAAGACUUGAUCUAUUCCAGCCUUUUGAAUGUAUCAGCACCAACAAGUGAUAGUAAAGCCACCGGUUCCAAGUCAGAGGAAUUGAAAGGAUCUAAGAAUGAUGUUAUCUCGGGGGUUUUACAAGACUUAGCUUCCACACCCAAGAAGGUGUCGACGCCGGUUUCUGAUGAUGAAGAAAGCGACGAUUCAGAGGAUGAAGAUGAAGAAAGUGAAAACGAUGAGGAAUAUGACAGCCAGGCAGAGAGUGAAGAUGAUAGCGAUUUCGAAGAAAGAACACCAAGAGGUAAACGAAACGAAGACAAGGAUGCGAAGAAGGAACGUAAGAAGCAAGCUAGGGAAGAAGCAAGAGAAAAGCGAAAGCACAAGCUUCCAAAAGCAGAGAAGAAACGAAAAAUAAAGAACAGCAGUAGCAAGAAGAAGAAAUAAGCUCCAAAGCUGCUCACUACUAGAUUCACAUAAAGACCAUCGACCAUUUUUCUUUUUUAAAAAAUUACAUUCUUUAAUUAUGU